CGAAGGCCCGCGAGCUGGCCUACAAGCGGAUGCACGAGGAGGACCCGGAGGCGCGGCGCGAGGGUCGGCGGCAGCUCGCCGCCAUCCGGCAGGAUCUGCUCUCCGGGACCGCCCAGCAGGACGAAAAAGUUGAACAGCUGCUUUACGUGCGCGGUGAUCUGCGCACGUUUCGCCGCUUCUACGAUCAGCAGUACCACAUUCAGC